AUGCUUCCACGCCUCAACUGCAACAAUUGCUUGCCGAUCAGUUUCGUCCUCGCUCAAGGCGGGUGCAUUCUCUUUGACAAAUCUUACCAAAUUCAGAGUUUGGUGGGAAGUGAAGUAACCAUAGGAGUAGGAACGAUGACAAAUGCAGAUGUCGGGUGCAUCCUCUUUGCCCUUGUUGGAGAGCUUUACUAUUUGUUGUGGUGGAAGAGAAGAUUCACCAACAGAAGAGGGAUUGCAGAUCAUCACUACACUCACCAUGCCAAAGAGCUUUCCUAUCUCUUGUUUUUCUGGAAGAAACCCAAUUGUUUGGGCACUAGGAAAACUGAUCAACAAGUCACCAAUUCAGUGACAGACCCAGAUGCCAACAAUGGGCAUGAACCAGACCUUGAGUUGGGUUCAACCAAGGACUUGCUGAGGAAAGGCAUUGGUGAGAAAACUGUGGAGUCAGAGCUCAUGAGGCUGCACAAUCUCUGUGGCCCACCAAGGUUUUUCUUCACAAUCAAUGAAGAAACAAAGGAAGAUUUGGAGGCUGAUGAUGUGAAAUCAAGAGGGGAUAGAAGUAGAAAAGGGUCUAGAAAUAAAAGCCUAAGUGACCUUCUUGUUGCUGUUGAGACCUCAAUUCUCACCCCCUUGGCUUCACCAACAUUGAAGCCUCAUAACCACCCCUUGGAUUCUUAUAGUCAACAUGGGUUCAACUUCAAUCCUCUCUUUGAAUCAUCAAUAGAUGUGGAGAUGAACAAGUUGAGAUCUUCACCCCCUCCAAAGUUCAAGUUCUUGAGGGAUGCUGAAGAGAAAUUGAUGAGAAGAUUGAUGGAAGAAGCAGAAAAAAGGUCCUUUAAUGUCCAAGAAUUUGUGGCUACAGAAGAGGGAGAUGGUUCUUUUAUUAGAAUCAUUAUUGGGGGAAAGAACAGAGAAAGAGAGCUCAAUCAACAAAUUCCACAGUACCAUUCUAAUGUGUCACAGGUACUUCCACUGGCUUCAUCCCCUUCAACAACAUUCAGAUCACUUGAUAACAACAAACCCAUACAGCAAUAG